AUGUCCAGCUCAAGAAAGGUGCUGGCAUCGCUGGCAGGCGCUGCGCGAUCCUUCCAUACUACCGCACCAGCACGAGCCCGUGUCCCCCGUCACCGGUGGAAGCCCAAGGCUCCAGCUCCAAAGCCCGCAAACAACUACGACGAUCUCGCCGCCGUCAUCACUCCAGCCGAAAUCGUCAAUCUCCCUCGACGAACCACCGGUAUCUCCAUCCCCUACUUCGACGACUUCAAGAAACUCCACCCAAUCCUCGACUUCCCCUCCAAACAGGUUCAGGAGAAGGCCUACGCUGCAGGCGCGAUCGAGGCAACACCCGAUCUUCCUGAUGUCCGGCCGAAGCUUACGCAACCAAAGGAGGGAGAGUUAACUGAGAACGCGUUGAUUGCGGCAACGGGAGUCACACCCGACCAAAUCCGAUCGAACUUUAUCACAAAGACGUUGGUGUUGCACCGUGUCGUUAACCAGACCAAAAAAGGAAAGAUUUCCUCGAUGUACGCACUCGCCGUCGUUGGAAAUGGUAAAGGUAUGGUCGGCUACGGCGAAGGCAAAGCCGACGAAGCCGCCCUCGCAUCCCAAAAAGCGACCUACGCCGCUCUCAAAAACAUGCAAUACGUCCCCCGAUACGAAAACCGUACCAUCCACGGCGAACUCAAAGUUAAAUACCACGCCGUCCACCUGACGCUUCGACCACGACCACCGGGUUUCGGACUUCGUGUGAAUCAUUAUAUUUAUGAGAUUUGUAAGGCGGCGGGGAUUUCUGAUUUGGGAGGGAAGGUUAUGAACAGGGGUUCGAGAAAUGGGAUGAACGUUGUUAAGGCUACUUUUGAGGCUCUAACGAACCAGAAGUUGCCGGAGACUUUGGCGAGGCAGAGGGGAAAGAAGGUUAUGGAUGUUAGGAAGGUGUAUUUCUCGAGGACAUAG